CACUGCCUCGCGCCCCCGCCCUGCGGGUGUCUCGCGCGCGUUCCGUGCGUGUGAGUGUGUGGGUCUGUCUCGCGCCUAAAGUGCGUGCCCGCGCGCUCGCCUCGCGCUCUCCCCCCUCCCCUCGCCCCCUCCGGGUCCUCCCACCAUACUCGGCUCCCUCCUUUCCCAGCAAACGCCGCCCCUCCCGCGCUCUGGCGCCGCCGCAGCCGUCGCCGCCGGAAAGUUCAGGAGCCCUGGAAAGGAGAAGGAAUAAGACGACAGGAGGAAGAGAGAGAGAGGGUAGAAUGGAAGAAUCUCACUUCAAUUCUAACCCGUACUUCUGGCCUUCUAUCCCCACAGUCUCAGGACAGAUCGAGAACACGAUGUUCAUCAACAAGAUGAAGGAUCAGCUGUUGCCGGAGAAGGGCUGUGGGCUGGCUCCACCCCACUACCCCACCUUGCUGACAGUGCCUGCCUCGGUGUCCCUGCCCUCGGGCAUCAGUAUGGACACCGAGUCCAAGUCAGACCAGCUGACCCCACAUAGCCAGGCGUCCGUUACCCAGAAUAUCACGGUGGUCCCCGUGCCGUCCACAGGACUGAUGACCGCUGGAGUCUCCUGUUCUCAGAGGUGGAGAAGAGAAGGGAGUCAAUCAAGGGGUCCUGGUUUGGUAAUCACGUCCCCCUCAGGCUCCCUUGUGACCACAGCCUCGUCAGCUCAGACCUUCCCCAUUUCGGCUCCCAUGAUUGUCUCAGCUCUUCCCCCGGGCUCGCAAGCCCUACAGGUGGUCCCCGACCUCUCUAAGAAGGUAGCAUCGACCCUAACCGAGGAAGGUGGCGGCGGCGGCGGUGGCGGAGGUGGCACUGUGGCCACUAAGCCCCGGGGCCGAAAGAAGAAGCGGAUGCUGGAAUCGGGGCUGCCUGAGAUGAACGACCCUUACGUGCUCUCCCCCGAGGAUGAUGACGACCAUCAGAAAGACGGCAAGACCUACAGGUGCCGGAUGUGCUCCCUGACCUUCUUCUCGAAGUCGGAGAUGCAGAUCCACUCCAAGUCACACACCGAGACCAAGCCCCACAAGUGCCCACAUUGUUCCAAGACCUUCGCCAACAGCUCCUACCUGGCCCAGCACAUCCGUAUCCACUCGGGGGCCAAGCCCUACAGUUGUAACUUCUGUGAGAAAUCCUUCCGCCAGCUCUCUCACCUCCAGCAGCACACCCGGAUCCACUCCAAGAUGCACACGGAGACCAUCAAGCCCCACAAGUGCCCGCACUGCUCCAAGACCUUCGCCAACACCUCCUACCUGGCCCAGCACCUCCGUAUCCACUCGGGGGCCAAGCCCUACAACUGUUCCUACUGCCAGAAGGCCUUCCGCCAGCUCUCCCACCUCCAGCAGCACACACGAAUCCACACCGGCGAUAGACCGUACAAAUGUGCACAUCCAGGCUGCGAGAAAGCCUUCACCCAGCUCUCUAACUUGCAGUCCCACAGGCGGCAGCACAACAAAGAUAAACCCUUCAAGUGCCACAACUGUCACCGGGCGUACACAGACGCAGCCUCGCUGGAGGUGCACCUGUCUACGCACACAGUGAAGCAUGCCAAGGUGUACACCUGCACCAUCUGCAGUCGGGCGUACACGUCGGAAACGUACCUGAUGAAACACAUGCGCAAACACAACCCUCCUGAUCUCCAGCAGCAGGUGCAGGCAGCGGCAGCGGCGGCAGCCGUGGCCCAGGCCCAGGCCCAGGCCCAAGCUCAAGCCCAAGCCCAAGCUCAAGCCCAGGCCCAGGCCCAGGCCUCCCAGGCAUCGCAGCAGCCGCAGCAGCAGCAGCCAUCACACUUCCAGUCCCCUGGGGCAGCCCCCCAGGGUGGGGGUGGCGGGGACAGCAACCCCAACCCUCCACCCCAGUGUUCCUUUGACCUGACCCCCUAUAAGACGGCAGAGCAUCAUAAGGACAUCUGCCUCACUGUCACCACCAGCACCAUCCAGGUGGAGCACCUGGCCAGCUCGUAGAGACCUGUGCUGCCGUCCCCUGGGAAGAGGGGAAGAAGUUCUGGUCCCUUCUUUCUCCAGCUCCUCUUGGUGGGAAAAGUCCUCUUCUUCCUUGACAGGCCACGGCUCCAUCUUCUUGGGUCUCAGGCCCAGCCUUCCUUCCCAGGAUACUCUCCUUAUUCUCAACUCCUCUUCAACAGGAACGUCAGCCCUCCUGAUCGGCAGAGGAGUACUGAGCUGGUGGCGUAAUCCAGCAGCCUCCCUGCCUAAGCAUAGCUUUUAAAAUUGGGGGUUGGUGCUCAGGGGAGGGGUUUGCUAUGACCUCAUAGAGACUUUUCCAGAGUGGGCACUUACUCUCUCCUCACCCUCAUAAUCCUCCAAGCUCGGGCUGAUAGAGGACUAGAGGCUGGCCCUCCUGGACGUCAGAGAGGAGGGAGCCCUAAAUGCAGCCAGCUUCCUGUUCUAGUCUUGCCUGCGAAAGAACAGAGGUUUCUCACAUAACCCUAUCCCUGGGAGCCGUUUUCCCCUCAUGGUCUCACUUCACUUCCUACCUAGUGCUGGAAGGAGAUCUGGAGGGGGGGGUCGGACCCCCUUUAUUUGUAAAGGGGCAAGGGCUGAGAUGUGGUCCCCAAGGGGCCAGAGAUCCCCAAAGUGGUCGAGGGUGGCUUAGAAGUGUGAGUUAUGGGUCUCCUUGGAGCUUCUCCCCUUCUCUGCCAGCCGGGGCUCAGUGCUCAGUCUCCCUGUCCCCCAACCUAAGCAGCUGUGGGAGCUGUGAGUUCUUUAUAAAACCCCACAAGGAGGGGGCUGCAGAGAAGGGAGAGUGAAGGGCAAAUGCAAGGACUGGACUUAGCUCCCUAGGUGCCACGGUCAGUUGCUGGACAUGGAUUUAUAUAUAAAUAUAUAUAUAUAUAAAUAUAUAUAUACCCACUCAUCACGGCCAUCUUUGUUGUAACCAUUUCUGUGUUUAUAAAUGCAUUAUCUCUGAGAAUUUUCAUAUUUGAUGUUUUGUUUAUUUUUGUCCCUUUUUUUUCCCUCCACCCUGUCUUCUGGCCAACAGCAUUUUUAUUUCCUUUUGUCUUUUUUUUUUUUUUUUUUUUUUUUAAAUCAUGGCAGAUUUCAGAGAAAAGAGAAAAUGAAAAAAAAAAUCAGGAUACCAGUUGUUAUAAAGGAAUUUAAAAUGAAGAAAAAAAGAAAAUCUUAUGUACAAAACCAAGGGGUGUUUUUAGAACCUUGUGUAGAAAUAAAUUCGUGUAAAAGGA